GUGCUCAGGUUGAACUAUGCUCUGGAGAAUAAACUACAAACACCACCAUCAGUUGUCAAUUUCUGUAUCACUUUAUCAUUUAUUCCUACCUGUUUUUUUAUAGAUAAGUACAAAUGUCGUCUGGAAGUAAAGAACAACCGAUUGAAUGUAGCGGGACGUAUAAGAUGAAGGAACUCGAUAAUCCCAGAGAUUUAAAUGAAAAUAUCCGUACAGAGACGACGAAGGAACAGGUGGAAGAUUUUAACAUCCCGAAGAAGCACGAAACUCUAGAACAAUUCUGGGACACAUUGCACGAGUGGGCUGAUAUCACAACCUUUCACGGUAUCAGAUUCGUUUUUGACCGUAAUAGCACUGUGUUUCGAAGAUCAGUCUGGUUUGUGAUAAUGCUGAGAUUUUUCUGUCAUAACUUGGCUUGGAUAUGGACAGGCACAGAUGAAAUCGAUAUCUGA